AUGGACUCUUCAGUUGGACAUUUCGCCAUUGAAAAUUUUCUGUUGGCCACCGGUAACGCUCGAGCGACCCUCUUGAGGCUCAUCAACCACAUUUCUUUCCCUAGUAUGACCGUCACUUCCUCUCCAGCUGGUCAGCCCGUUCACGGCAGUGCUACCGAGUCUACGCCCUUGCUGAGUGAUAACAGCUCCCGCCUCCAAUACUCCGGUAAGGCUAGCGAUUACCCCACAGCCGAGGCUUCUUCCUCCUCGUCUACAGAGUAUUCCGAUGAUGAGGAUCCUGCACUCGUUGGCCUGUCUAAAGUCAGCUCGAUCCCUCAAGCGCCUGAGAUAGACACUGGCCUUGAACGGGUUCUCUCCGCAACGGCCAGCAAGACCAUACAAGAUUCGGAAGCAGCAGGCGCUCAAAGCGAGGCUACUGGAUAUGCCGCCCGGUUCAUCAACGUCUCUCCUACGCGGUUCUGGCUUAUAUUCGGUGGUGUACAGCUGGGAUAUGUGAUCGGUUUUUUCGAUUCCACCUUGAUGGCGUCCAGUCACCCUGUCAUCACCUCACACUUCCAUGCGUCGAACUCGGCUUCCUGGCUUUCAACUGCAUUCUUAUUGACAUCGACGGCCUUUCUUCCACUUUUCGGGCGCGUCUCAGACACGUUCGGGCGAAAACCUGUGUAUUUAUUCGCUAUUGCCGUCUUUUUCCUUACCACAGCGUGGUGUGCAAUGGCGCAGAGCAUAGGGAGUUUUAUCGUAGCCCGUGCCUUUUGCGGACUCGGGGCCGGGGGUGUCUUUUCAAUGGGUAUGAUUCUGUCCAGUGAUCUAGUCCGCAUCGAGUACCGUGGCAUCUACCAAUCUUAUAUCAAUCUCUGCCUCGGAUUAGGUGGUUGUCUUGGUCUUGCGUUUGGCGGAUACCUGUGCGAUCAAGUGGGCUGGAGAGGUGCGUUCUUCGUACAGCUGCCCUUCAUCUUCGUUUAUUUCCUUGCUGCCGCAUGGACAACGCCUUCUGGUCUGGGAUUGAAGAACCAGACAGAGGAAAGAAUGACCUUCUUGCAGCUUCUCAGGAGCGUGGACCUUGUGGGCUCCGCGCUCUUGGUGCUUACCGUCACCGCAUUGAUCAUGGGUCUCAAUCUGGGUGGUAAUGUCUAUAGCUGGACUCAUCCUCUCGUGAUUUCAUCCUUGGUUAUCUCGGUCAUCCUGGCAAUAAUUUUCGUUCCAUAUGAAAAACGCGUCGAGCGAGCAGUAAUGCCUAUUACUUUCUUAACCAAAAACCCCCGCGCCGUUCUUAUUUUUGGAAACUUCUUUGGCUCUAUCGCCGUUAACACCAUGAUUUUCAACGCCCCAUUAUACUUCCAAGCCGUCAAACUUGCAAGCCCAACCGACUCCGGUCUCAGACUAGUUGCGUCUACACUGGCCGUAACUUGUUCUAGCGUCGCUACAGGCUUCUUGAUUACAUGGUCCAAACGCCUGAAACCAACUAUUAUGAUUGGUGACAUAUUUCUGCUCCUAGGAGGCUUGGCCGCAGCGAUGAUGGGCGCCAACACCCCUGACAUCGUGGCCAUGACCUGUGUUUCUCUCGCAAGUCUCGGUCAAGGAUUUGCUUUCCCUACGCUGAUGGUAUCUGUCCUCGCCACUAGUGAAACGGAUGAGCAGGCCGUGGCUACCACAACAUUAGGGCUCUUCCGGAAUCUAGGAUCUGUUAUGGGAGUCGCGACGAGCAGCUGGGUUUUUCAGAAUGCACUGGUUUACCAGCUAGAAGAGAAGGUCACGCAACCGGACAAGGACGCGGUCAUUCAGCUUGUUCGAAAAUCCGUCCACGCUAUCGCUGACCUUGAUCCACUUCACAAAAGCCAAGUGAUCAGUUCUUAUGCCGGAGCUCUCCGUCUGACUUUUGCCUCGGCGGCUGUAUUCGCGGGACUUAUGCUUGCACUGCACGUUCCAGUUCGACUUCCUCGCUUAGGGCGCAAGGCUUGA